CGAACACGGAGGGACUAAGCCGCGUACCGACCAGCUCAAUGUCGUGUGAGACAUCUGCACACUGACCCCGGAGAGAAAUAACUUUAUAUUAUGAGGUUUUCAGCUUGAAACAGAGAUGCUCUCUGUUCUGUGUAGAAGAAGCACCUUGGCAGCCCAGAAGGUACUGCACUGGGCAGGUCCUCCACAAAGAUGCUGGACAUCAGCUCUGACCAGAGCCUCAGAUGGUGGAUCUGUCUCCUCCUGCUGGGCUUCAUCCACCAAGCUCCUGUGUACACAAAGGAACACUGGACAAGUAAAACCUCUGGCUGUACUUGGAUUCAGGAGGACUGAGCUCUUCCAGCAAACCCACACACAUGGUGCUUCAUUUUUGGUGAGGAACCAACAUUUCCACUCUUCUGCUGUGAAGCUGAAGAAGCGAGCUCAGCCUGAACCUCCUCCCAGAGAGCUGGAUCUGCUGCGUUAUGACAUGAAGCACUUGUGGAAAGCUCCCAAGCCUGCUCUCUAUUUGGGGUUUGCGGGGCUGAUGCCCUUCCUCUCCCCAACUCUGCUCAUGGCUGUGACUGAGAGCUACUACCCAGAGUUGGCUUACGCCCAGCUAGCCUACGCCGCCUCCAUCGUUUCUUUCCUGGGUGGAGCUCGAUGGGGAUUCGCACUUCCUGACAGCAGUCCAGCCAAACCUGACUGGAUUAACCUAACCAACAGCGUGGUUCCCUCCCUGUUAGCCUGGGUGACCAUGCUGAUGAGUGACAGCAUUGUUCCUGCAGCCACCAUGGUUAUCAUGGGACUUGGAAUAUCACUGCAUUAUGAUCUGUCUCUACUUCCCACUUACCCCAGCUGGUUCAAAGCCCUGCGUGCCAUCCUGACCACUGUGGCAUUUUUUUCUCUACUUGGUACACUCAUAAUGAAUGGUGUGUACCCAGAAAAGACAAUUUUCUCAGAUUGACAAGACAUUCUUAUGUUGCACCAUAUUUGUAUUUGGGUGAUUCAAGAUUUUUCUUGAUCUUGAUCCUGUUAAUUGUCUUAACCAGAGGUCUGUUGGAUUGAAUGUUUUUGUUGGGAGUAAUAUUUUGUGCAUUAUUGCACUAAAUUCUGUACAAGCAAAACAGUUCAUGUAAACCCAACUUCAUAAACAAGCUGCAAUUCCGUGAUGUUCCACUUUUUCUCUGUAAGUUACAGAUAAAUGUUUUGUCUUCCACACCAAGCCAUUGUUUUGAAGUCUCUAUGUGUAGAUAACACGACUGAGAGGAAAUAAGUAUUUAGCAGUUAUUUUGUUACUACCACUAGAAGUAGCCAAUGUCAAGGAUUUUCAUUUUCUACACAGUAUAAGGAAAUAUUAAAAUGGUCUUAAAAUGUAACUAGUUCAUACUUAAUUCCUAUCUAAAAGAUGCAGCUACAAUAUACAGUUUUUCACCAGAAGAUAAUUUAUUAUUUAUAUUCUUCCUGGUCCAACCUCCACAUUAGACACAUACAUAGAUGUAGACUUUUUAAAGGUUGUCACUCAUGGAUUUAGAGUGAAGUUUGCUUUUGCUAAGUGCAGUCGGAUUUCGGCUUGUCCUAUCAAAUUGUGCAUGAGGGCUCUGGUUUGGACCUUUUGACACCAUAGCACGCCCUUUCUGUGAGUCCAUGUAUUUGCAGACUUUCCUGAGUGACUUACCCAGAGUUAAGUUAGUAAAAUUGGUGACAUACACGGUAGUCCUGUCCUCCAGAAAUUGGACACAAAUCAAGCAUGGAAGGUGAAGGGAAUAAAUCUGCUAAGUUCAUCUCCAAGCGACAGCAUGUGGCUGCUUACUGUUGUGUUUUUUCUUGUACAUUUGUAGAGUUGUUUGUAUUUUCAGUCAUAGGAUUUACAGAUGUUCCUGGCUUUCCUCAUUUUUGGUAGUUUACUAUAAUGUAUAAAAAAGUAAUGCCACAGAGA